UUCGUUGCGUGCGGAAGCAAGUAACCUGUUCUCCGCGAAUCCUCCCCGGUGGCGGUUUGGUUCGGAUUAAUUCUCAACAUUUUCAACUGUGAGUGGAGGGGGCAGUUUCUUAUCGUAAUCUGGCAAACGGCAAGGCUUGGAAUUCAUAUCCCAACCAUCACACGAAAUGAAUAUUCAUAAGUGAGUGAACGAACACAGCAGAAAAAACCAACUCAGUGACUUAAAUCGACUGUCAAGCUGCGGAUAGAGCCGAGCGUCGUCGGUUGGUGACUGAAAGUGAAACAUAACCUUUACCGGCGGGCUCGCAUGCGAGUGAGUGAGCGAGCGGUGAUUUGGUGCAAGAAAGAGUAAAACGGAUUGGUUUCCAGUUUGAAUUUUUGCGAUCAACGAUCUUGGGAGUCACGGAUUAGCACGACGACGCGUACAGAAAACCGGCAGGCCUAACGCCCCGACCACCGCCGCCGUUGCCCCACAGCCUGGUGGAAAACAGUCCCAGCAGUCGGCUAUAAAUAAAGUUGUGCCAAGAUUUAUCUUUUGAAUCGAUGUCUCUUGUACCGAGCAUCGUUUGGCAGUUGGAUUAAUUGAAAAGAUUCAAAGUGUUUGAGCAAAAUGGACGAAUCUACGUCGUCCAACAAUGACCACAUGACCGGUGACGGUUAUGCAUUCAGGAAUGAAAUAUCGCUCUCCAUUGGAGACGAAGAUCACAACUCGGGCACCAACAGCACGGCGAUUCCUACGCCUUCCCCACGACACAUUGAAGUACCGGUGGCGAUGGAUGACAGUGAGUACACAUCGUUGAAGGAUAGCAAACAAGAAAUGAAUGGACUGGAUAAUCCGGCUUUCGAACCGGAGAAAGACAAACGGCCGCUUAGUUCGUUCGGUCAUUCCGGGGAAAAGUCGCUCGGUGCCAGUUCAACGAAUGGAAAGUCCAACGGUGAGAAACCUAUGGCGGAAGCUGUCAAUCUGGAGCUAUUGAACAUGUCAAAACCAACAAACGGACAUCAGAACGGGGCUGAGACUUUGCCAGCCAAAAAGGACACUGAAGUGGACAUUGGAGAUCCUUAUGACGAGUAUUUUGUUCCCGUUAACGAACAUCGGAAAUAUAUGAGCGUUUCGUUCCAAAAACCGCGCCAGCAGGGGUACAUUCAUCAUGACCACGGUGUAGACUAUACCGGUCACUCGGUCAAUGAACCGGCACACGGAACCGUGGACUAUAAACAGUGGACCAAGAUCACGAGAGGCGAGAAGCUGUAUGUGACCAAGGAUAAACGGGACAAGAAAAAGAAGAACUGGCUUUGCUGGCUGCUCGGGCUGGGAGUCCUGUUGGCCGUAAUCAUCAUUGCAAUUCUUGCCGGAUCCGGUGUGAUAUUCAAUGAAAAUCCAACUCCCAUCGAGUCUCGACAUUUCGGAGAUCAAGUUGCCACGGCUGGAGUGUUCGGAGCGGGUAAAACAAACGGAAGUACGAGCACGCAAUAUCCGGUAACAUCAGCUCCUCCCGGUUCUACGGUGCCACCAGUGCCACCGACCACGGAGGAGAACAUUGUGUACGUACCGAAUACCGUCGAGGGUCAGAUCACGCUGACGAAUUUGGAGUUUUUGGAUGACUAUCGGAAUCCGAACAGUUCGGCGUACAAGGUGCUAACAGCAGAGCUGGAAGACGAGAUUCGCGAGAGUUUGACUGUUUACGGAUCGGAUGAAGAGCUGUUCGUCAAGAUUAUGAAUUUAAAACCUGGUUCAGUGGUCGUCGACUACCGUGUUAGCUGGGAUAACUCAAGUUCACCACUAACUGUCGAUACGAUGAAGGAAAGACUGACGAACUACCUCUCCGAAAAUCAGGAAUAUCUAUCCACGUACAUUGUUCCAGUAAACACCAUUCGAGCCGCAAGACUGCCAGAUAUGUGCUACGCUGGGCCCUCGGUGAUGAACUGUGAGUUUGCCUGUAGAUUCAACGCUCGUUUGGGAGAAUUUGCUUGUAUAUGUCCUGUCGGAAUGCGUUUGAAUAACGACGACGGAAAGACCUGCUACACUCCAGUUACUCGAGUUCAGAAUGGACCUGUGCCGGUGAGUGAGCCGGAACCGGCAAGUGAACCGGAACCGGCAAGUGAGCCAGAGCCGGCAAGUGAGCCUGAACCGGCAAGUGAGCCGGAGCCGGCAAGUGAGCCAGAACCGGCAAGUAAGCCAGAGCCAGCUAGUGAGCCAGAACCAGCGAGUAAACCGGAACCAACAAGUGAACCGGAACCAGCGAGCGAACCUGAACCAGCAAGUGAACCUGAGCCUUCAAGUUCACCGGAACCAGAACCAUCAGGUGAACCUGAGCCUUCGUCGAAGCCCGCUUCAUCUUCUAGCGAACCUGAACCAACUAGUGCGCCAGAACCAUCCAGUGAACCAGAACCAGCUGUCGAACCCGAACCUGCCAGUGAGCCAUCCAGUUCGCCUGAACCGGAGCCGUCCAGUUCGGCUGAACCGGAACCUUCCAGUGAACCAUCAAACUCGCACGAAACUACCACCACUAAAAAAUCUGAAACUUCCGGAAAACUUUUGAAUGAACCUACACCUGAGCCUUCCAGUGAACCAGAACCAACAAGCGAACCGGAACCAGCAAGUGAGCCCGAGCCCGCUAGUGAACCGGAACCCAAGAGUGAACCUGAACCAAAAGGCGAACCCGAGCCUGCCAGUGAACCUGAACCCAAGACCGAACCCGAACCUGCUAGUGAACCAAAAUCUUCGACUGAACCGACGAAAUCCUCUUCAAACCAGUCCGCUAAACUACGAGUAGCUGAUAGUCCUUCUACUCCAGAACCAGAGCCGUCCAGUGAACCGGAACCUAGUAGUGAGCCAGAACCAACAAGUGAGCCAGAACCCAGCAGUGAACCGGAACCUACCGGCGAACCGGAGCCAUCAAGUGAACCGAAUCCCAAGAGUGAAGUUGAAAAAAUUACUGCCAUCAACUCCGAAUCACCCUCCAGUGAACGACCAGCAUCGAGCGGAACCAGCUCCACCGAAGCCUCUUUGGGAAAACUACAGUCCACCACAGAGUACCGCAGUGUUCAACCCGUUUCACAUGAUCACACCAUGCCUGACUUCAUGAUCGUCGAUGAAGAAGCUACGAAGCAUUCCACCGGCAUGGAACUGAUUUCAUCGACAUCACCCAAAACAUCCUCAGAAACACCGGCACCGGUAACGGAAAUGAUCGUAGAUGACACCCCUCAUCCGGCUGUUGGAACCUUUCUGAUUGCUGGCAGAACUACUAAAACCCCGACCCGUGAGCCCACGAACGUGUUCGAUGCACGAUCAUUGGAAAGCAAUGAAAACGAGACUACCGGCAGUUCCGUGUAUGCCACAUCUAGCCCAAUACAGUUGGAACAAUGGCGUUCGUCUACCAGCUUUUCCACUUCGACCGAAGCCCUGAAAGAACCACUUGAUGACAUGUCUCCGUUUUUGCCCAAGAUUGAAUCGUCCAGUGUAAGAAAUCGAGCCACAUAUGCUGUCACUGAGGCGGUGGUAGAAUCGGAAACCGCUCCAUCGAUUUUGGUCCAUGCAGAUCAGUCGCCAUUCCUGCCGGAAAUAGAAAACAAUGCUAGCUUGGUUAAUCUGCUCCACGAAGGAUUGGAUCGCCAGGAUGGUUUCGACAACGAAUCGCAACAGCAGUACCUCGAGGUGUUGCCCCUAUCGAAGGAAAGUGAUCGUACUGAGUAUAAGAAACAGCUGGAUGGUGCUGUGACUAAGACAAUUUAUGUAGCGACCACCAUCAGGACGUAUAUUCCGACUACGGAAUCGGAAGAAGACCUGUUGACGGCUGCUAGUUUGCGAAAUAUUGUCGAACAAACGACCAACAGUGGAGAGGAAGUGAUGGCUGGUAGUACAGAGAAAGACGUCGAAGAGACAACUUUUGGAAGGAUGAGUUCGACUACCGUUAAGGAAGUUGCUCGGCUCGAGGAAGGAACCACUGAGCAUGUUAAAGAUUCACCAACACCUACCGGCACGAUGGAGGAGAUGAGCUCUUCGCGCUCGCUGGAGCUUGCUGAAGAAAUCAUUACCACGACCGAGCAAGAUGUAGAUUUGCCGACGACCGCGAAAGCUGUAGAGGAAUUGAAGAACGCUCCAAAACAGGACAUUGAAUUGAUUGCUACGAACCAGUCCUCAACGACAGAAGACGAACUGUCGGAGAGUGCAACUACAAUGCGAGUUGUAGCGGAUUCUACCCUUGCAAAGCUAGAGUUGGCAGAAGAGCGAGAAGCUACCAGCAAACCUGAAGUCGAAGAAGUAACAUCGACCGCAACGCAAACGAAGAUUGCAGCGGAAUCAACAACAGAGAAGGAAGUAGAGGAAACCACAGCUCACCAGUCGACAAAAAUAGCGCCCUCGACUACGGAGUCUGUCGCUAGUGGAAAACUGACGGAACUUGUUUCAAACACAACGGUUGAAUCGAAGGAACCACUUCCAACGUCGACAGUCAAGGAACUACCAAGUGUAACCGAAGCGACCAGUUCCGUACCAACGGUAGAAGUUACCAAAAGUGACGUUUACGACCGAACGCUGCAAGAUUUGGAUGAAAACAACGACAUAUCGGAGAAUGACCUCAAAGUACUCCCGUUAGGGAAGAAACCGCCUCCUCCGGGUUCGACAACUCAGGAGAUCGCCGCCGGUAGCCAGGAUUCCACCUUCGAAACCACUACCGGUCAUUUUUUAGGCGAAACGACGUUUCAUUCGAUUAGAUCAGAACGAUCCAAUGAAACGUCGUUAAUCGUGACGAGAAAUUCUGAAGAAAAGGACUUUGGCGAGUUGGCUGCGGCUAGUGCUAGCGGAAUGUUUACAAAGUGUGCUGUCGGGCAGUUUGAAUGCACUAACGGAACUUCUAUCAAGGAUGGGGGAUCGUGCAUUCAGAAGUCUGAACGAUGUGAUUCGGUGGCACAUUGCUCUGAUAAUUCGGAUGAGCAGGACUGCGAGCUGUUGGGCUGCCCAGGGCACUUCCAGUGCCGGGAUGGAUUCUGUCUAGCUCGGCAGCACGUGUGCGACGGUAUAGCGCACUGCAACGAUGGAAGCGAUGAGGUGGACUGUGAUCGAUGGGAGUGUAAUUUCGAUGAAAUUUCGUGCAAUCCAGGAAGUGGUCAUGGACCAUGUUUACCGGCCCAGUGGAAGUGUGACGGACUGGAGCAGUGCCCGAACGGGUUGGACGAAUCGAAUUGUCCGGAUACGUGUACAAAUGAUGAAUACUUUUGCGUGAGGCAGCGAAAGUGUAUUCCGGAGGCGUGGAGAUGCGAUGGGAAGGCGGACUGCAUUGACGACGAGGAUGAACGACUGUGUGACUGCCCGAUGGACAAUUUCCGGUGUAAUACAGGGGGUUGCGUUCCCAUCGGGAAUGUGUGCGAUGGUCAGCCGCAGUGUCCAGAUCUAUCCGAUGAGUGGGGCUGUUACAGUGUGGAGGGUGGGCAGUUGAAGGUUCGCGUAGAAUCUCAACAGCUGAAGCCGGUUUGUGGAGAUGGCUGGACGAAGGACCUUUCCGACACUGUUUGCGCUGGGUUGGGCUUCUCGGAAGCCAAGUCAUUCUCGAUCUCAAACGAAUCUAGCGGGCAUUCGUUCUAUCGAUAUGGAAAUCUCAGUAGUGGAAGUUUGCUGCAGAACCUCGCCUUGUCGAUGAACUGCUCCUCCGGUCUGGUUAAUGUUGAAUGUGAAAAAUACCGUUGCGGCCGCGAGAGCAUCACGCCCACGUGGGAACAGCGGAUAGCUGGAGGAGUUCAGUCCGACCCGAACCAGCUGCCAAGUUUGGCACUAGUCUAUAGCAAUAAUGCAGCGAUCAGGUGUACUGCUAACAUAGUAUCUCCUCGGUGGGCCAUCGCCAGUUAUUCGUGCAUCAUGGGCAAAACUGAGUUCAUCAACACCCGAAACGUGGCUGAGCUUAACUGGAUGUUGUUCGCCGGAACCUCUCAGUUCAAUUCUUCGUUGGUCAAUGGAAGCGGGAAAAACAGUUCCUAUCAGGUAGUGGAGGUUCGCCGAAUUGUACCUUAUCCACAGGCCAAAUACAAACAAUUCCUCUACACCGGCGACAUCGUUCUGCUGGAGCUGGCCAGCCCACUACGGUUGAACGAGAUGAUCGGAAGUGCCUGCCUGACGCCUGAUGCCACGAUUGAUUCGGAACAGCUGUGUCUAACCGCCGGUUGGGGUUCCGAUCCGUCCGAGGUGAUCAGUACCGAACAAUACCUCAAAUACCUUCCGGUACCGGCGACUCCUACGGAAUUGUGCAACUCCAGCCUACACUACAACGGUUUGCUGACUGAAGACGCAAUUUGUGCGGGCUACCUCAGCAGCAACAAAACUACCUGCUAUAACGACGAAGGCGCUCCGCUUAUGUGUCACAUCGAGAGCAGCGGUCAGUGGCGCCUGGAAGGGAUUCUCACUUAUCACGGUAAUUGUGGCAAGCGCCCACAUCCAGCCAUCUACAACUCGAUUACCUCAAACAUCUCCACGUGGAUUCGGAACACUGUCGGUAACGAUCUGAUGUUUGACAGGGGUAGCAACGGCACCAACGCUGCUGGUCUAGAACCCACUAGCGCAGAGCGACCAGUUGGAAGUAAGCUAUGAAUAAUAAAAGUAGCUUGCUCAUGAUUUUUUGUAAAUAUUACGUGUAUUAUACAGUGUAUUGCGAAGCAAAGUGAAGACAUUUUAGAGAAACGAGAAGCAUUCAAAGUUUGUAUUUAUAGGUAGGAAGUAGCAGUAUAAUUAUGAGAGUAUAAUUCUGUGUUUUGUAGUAAGAGAAUGUCUGAUGCGAAAGUAAAACCUAGUCACAAAAGUCGAUUAUUUUGUGCCAAUACCGGAAAAGGACGAGAGUUAAAGCUGAGUUUCAUCAAAUGAAAAUCGUUCGUUUGGAUCUUCUAAAACAGGAUCAAAAUUAACCAUUCUGAACUGUUUGUGCGUUACCAAUUACUGUGCUGAAUGACAGAAUGCUGUCGCAAACCAACUGUCACAUCGGACUCUAAAAUCUGUGCGUGUGUUGAUUUUUCUUUUUAACCUGUAAAUAUGAUUUUCACCGAUACUUAAUCCAAUUCGAUUUAGGAGGGGAGACCACAAGCAUUCCAUAUUGUUAUAAGUAGUUUUAUAAAGCGAACAAGUAGAAACAUUUGAAUUGCAAUCUUAGGUCAUAGGAUAACUAUCAAAUUACUUUCAUUUCUAGCGUAUAGUAGGAUGUCGUAAUCUUUUCUGAAUUGUGUCCUUUUGUCAUCAAUACUCAAACAGAGAAAAAGAGAUCUUCGCUUGAGGAAAUGUAUAAUAAUUCUGCUGAAAUGUGUAAAAUUUAAACUGUAAGUGAUUGAGGUUCAAUAAAUCAAACAAGCUAAUAUUUUUAUCACUAUCUAAA